CCCUCCGUUUCCGGGAGGCGCUAGAUGGCGGCGCCCGUGCGGCGCGCGUGUCUCCCGGGCGGCGGGAUGGGGCGGACGGUGCUGGUGCGGGGGCUGCCUCCCUCGGCCCGCGCCGCCGACCUGGAGGGCGAGUUCGGGCAGGCGGGGCCGGUGCGGCGGGCGGUGGCCGUGACGGCGCCCGGGGGCGAGGCGUGCACCGGGAUAGGCUUCGUCAGCUUCUCCCUGCCGGAGGACGCGCAGCGGGCCCUGCGCGAGAUCCGCACCUUCGGCGGCCGCCGGGUCAGCCUGGCGUUGGCGCGGCCCAAGAAGAAGCGGAAGGCGGGAGGCGGAGAGGCCGCCCCCGAGGCCCCCCGGCCAGCGCAGGAGCCCCCCAAGGCCAGGGCGCCCCCCAAGAAGGCCCGGCUGAUCGUCCGCAACCUCAGCUUCAAGUGCACGGAAGAGGACCUGAAGAGCGCCUUUGCCCCCUUCGGGACGGUCCUGGAAGCCUCCCUGCCCAGGAAGCCCGAUGGAAAGCUCCGCGGCUUUGCCUUCGUGCAGUUCAGGAAUGUCCUGGAAGCGGGAAAAGCCCUGAAGGGGAUGAACGAAGGAGAUCAAAGAGCGCCCAGUGGCUGUGGAUUGGGCUGUGGCCGGGAGAAGUACCAGGCUGCGCAGGCAGAAGGCGUCCCUGCUGAGAAGGAAGUUGGGGCAGAGAAGAAAGCCCAGCCGGAAGUUGUGGAUGGGAGUGGAGAAAAACGAGGGAGGCCAGAGGCUACUGCGCCAGGGAGGCCCAGCAGGGACCCUCAACCUCCAGUUUCCCCCGUGGAGAGCGAGGACGAAGACCAGGAGGUCAGCUCUAGGGACCAGGAGGAGGAACCGUACGAGGCUGGGAGUUCUGAUGGGGAAGAUGAGGAGGAGGAAGAAGGAGGAGGAGCAGGGGAGGACCCUGCCCCAAAGCAGAAGCAGCACCACUCUGAUGUCGCAGAGGGCCGGACUCUCUUCCUCAGGAACUUAUCUUUUGACACGGAAGAGGAAGAGCUGGGGGAGCUUCUGGAGCAGUUCGGGGACCUGAAAUACGUCCGGAUUGUGUUGCACCCCGAGACAGAACACUCCAAAGGCUGCGCCUUUGCCCAGUUUGCCACCCAGGCAGCUGCCCAGAAAUGCCUGCAAACAGCGAAGGAGGAGACUGAGGGUCAGGGGCUUCACCUGGGGGGCCGCCGUCUCCGGGUGGACCUGGCUGUCAGCCGUGAGGAAGCCCAGCAGCUGCGAAGCCCAAAGACCCCCAAGCCCACCGGCACACGCAACCUCUACCUGGCCCGGGAAGGCUUGAUCCGGGCUGGCACGAAAGCAGCCGAGGGGGUCAGUGCUGCUGACAUGGCCAAAAGGGCCCGGUUCGAAGAGCUGAAGCGACAGAAGCUGAGGGACCAGAACGUCUUUGUGUCCCAGACGAGGCUCUGCGUCCAUAACCUGCCCAAGAGUGUGGAUGGUGCCGCUCUGAGGAAGGUCAUGCUGCAGGCAGCGGGUGGCGGCACGCCUGGUGCCAGGAUCACGGAGUGCCGGGUGAUGCGGGAGCUGAAGGGCCGGGGCCGGUCUCUGGGCUAUGCCUUUGUGGAGUUCCAGCAGCCCCAGCAUGCCCUGCUUGCCCUGCGCCAGGUCAACAACAACCCCCAGCUCUUCGGAGACCAGAAGCGGCCUAUUGUGGAGUUCUCCUUGGAGGACAGGCGGAAACUGAAGCUGAAGGAGCAGCGUGCUGAACGCAGCCUGCAAAAGCUGAGGCAGAAGCAAGCAGCUGCUGGGCCAGCAAGUCAGGAGCCAUCGCCCGGCACCAGCCAGCCGGGGGCCCCUCAGAAGCCACCCAAGGGCUGGAAGAAGGCCCCAGGGGCCAAAGGAAAGCCUCAGGCUCCACCACAGCACAGUGGCCAGAAGAGGAAGCGGCCUGGGCCCUCGCCGAGCCUUCAGACCACUGAAGGAGCCGCCUCCUGGUCAGGUUUCCAGACCCACAAGGAGCAGGAGACGGUGGAGCUGCCCAACGGCACAAAGCGGAGGAGGGUCCUGGCCCUUCCCUCUCACUGGGGACCCAAAAUCAGGAAUCGCGACAAGGGCAAAGCGAAGGGGGCCCCUCCCAAGAAGAAGAAGGCGGGGCCCAGAGAGCGGAAGGCGCCCAGAGCUGCCCGCCAGGGCCCCCAAAAGAAGCGGGCUGGACAGGGCCGGGCGGAGGUUCGCUUCGAGCAGCUGGUGGAGCGGUACAAGCAGCGGAUCCUGGGGGCUGGCAAGGCCGCCCUGCAGCUCAAGAGGAGCAAGUGGUUCGAGAACUGAGUCGCCCCUCCCCAAGGAAGAGAGAGACCCCCAGCUGGGUGGGGCUGCCGGGAGGCCGGGUCCUGCCCUUGGGGGGAGAGGAGAGGAGGAGGCUCGCCCAGGCCCAGGUUCCUCAGAAGUGACACGGGGGGCAGACAGGCAGGGUGAAGAGCCCCCUGGGGCCCUGGAAAUGCUGGGGUCUCUGGAGAAGCAAGGCAGCCGCCUGCUGUGGCCAGACCAUCCUUGCCGUGAGGAGGGGCAGUGGGGGGGGGGUGUCAGCCCUUCCUCCGCGCUUAGCUCCAAACGUGCAGAAGGGAGUCCCGGCAACACAGCCUCUGGUGGAAGAGGCGCAAGAAGGAGAGCCGCUACUGGGAGGAGGAGGAGGAGAAAGCGGCUCCCAUCGUUUCUUUGGCAUCUUUCAAUAAAUGACUUUCUGAGAA